AAAAUUUCAUAAGAUAAAGCCCUAAUUUCACAAAUUUUAUCCUUUCCCCCCUCUCUUUCCCCCUAUCCGAAUCUCAUCUUUUUUCUGCAAAUUCUCUCUCAACAUAAAAAAAAUUAAAAUAAAAGAAAUAAAAAACUCCAAACAACUCAGAAAUUCUAGUAUUCAGCACCAAUCGUCUCGCCGCCUCAACAGUUUCAUCGUAUUGUUGCUCUCUUCUUCUCUUGCUCUAUCUAUUUAGGGUUUUUGGAUUUCUUUAAGCAAAUAUGAACUCAUGUUGAGAUGUUAGUGAUCCUAUCGUGUAGAAGAUGGCAUCGGCAACCCAUCAGUUGAAGGGUUCUUGUAGCACUUUCCCGUCAGUCCCUUCAUCGUGGAGCAGAGGAAGCAAGUUAAAACAUUUUGCACCAACAUUCCAUUCAGUAGGGAGGAAAGAUAGAUUUAUCUCUUUGAAAUGCAGAUCUUGUUCGAGUGUAGGAGCUUCUCGUGUUCUUGGAUCAAAGUCGAAUUCAUUCAAAAUAUCUGCUUUCAAAGGAAGCAACUCAUAUAAUGAUUCUGGCAUCAGAACUAAUAGCUCGAAGGAUAAUGGAAAAGUUGGUUAUUUGGAAAAUACGAUCGAAGCUUCCUCGUUGGAAUCUUCGAAGGUACAGAAUGUUACUCCAAGCACAGCAGCAGAUGAAACAAUAUCCAGGUCCCUCGCUAUACAGAAUUUAUUUAAAAGCUGGUUGAUGUUACUGCGUACGCCGUUACAAGCCCAACACGUGGACGAAGUUCUUGAAGAACCUUCUUCUGUGGAAACAUCCGAAAUUCCGAACUCCUUAAAAAAGCAGGGCAGAAGUGAAAUUCUGAAGGCGGUUUGGUGCUAUUUUGUCAGUUUGAAUGCAACGAUUAUGAUACCCUUGUUACUAUUCACUCCUCUGUACCUUGCAGUUUACGUUGCGUACGGGUCGAAAGUAUCGAAAGAAUUGACCCCCCUAUGGAUUCUUGGACCGUUAUUUGCUGCUCUCUACGUAAAGAUGUUUCGAGCAAUAUGUAAAGUCUAUGGGUUCAGCUUCAAACAAACGGCCAAAUUAGUCAAGAACUUGCCCGUAUACUACCUUGUGGUACACGAUCACAUUGUAAAUGGGAAGCUAAACGAAGCCACGAGAAGGCAUAUAUUCGAACCUCUGGCAGUUAUAAAAAACACGGACUACAAGGAAUUGACUAAGAACAGAAUGAAGGAUUUGCAGGGGUGGUUCGUUGAGAGAUAUCUCGAUUUUGUUGAAUCGAUUUGGCCUUAUUACUGCAGAACAAUCAGAUUUCUGAAAAGGGCUAAUCUGAUAUAGGGUCCACUCGUUUCGUUCAAGAUAUCUGGUAAAAAAGAAAAGCACAAGUUGUUUAUUUUUGUGUUUUUUGAUUAGUCAGUUCGUUAUGGGUGAAAUAUCCACAGGCAAUAGAGGAACCCCUUUUUGCACUGGGGUUUAUUUUUCGAGCGUUUCUUGUUCUUGUAGGUGCAUCGAAAUAGAAGGUUAGCGAUUGUAUUGUUUUGUAAGCAUAACUAUAUAUAUAUAUGCACUUGUAAAACUGAGAUGUUAAAUCAAUUUGAAUUGAAAUGGGGCUAGUGAGUUCA